ACAAAGCCACCACUAGCACCGAAACCAAAGAUUAUUGGUCAUCUUUCUCCGGUAGCUGUCUCCAAAUUUUCUCCUUCACUGCCAAGGGCUGUUAUUCUUCAUAACCCGAACUCUAUGUCUAGGGGUCCCAAACCACCUAUUGCUCCCAAGCCAAAAUUCUCAGCUGACACUGAGGGCAAAUCCAGUGUUUAUACCAACAAUAACUUCAAUAAAUGCACAAAUGGGAAACUGCUCUGUCUUGAUGGAGAUCUGUAUGAAGGAGACCAAUGCAAUGCUGAUUGCCCAGAAUCUGAGGCAGAUAAUGAAUACAUUGUAGUUCCUGAAGCUCAUCUGACCAGCAAAGACUGUAAUGAUUUGCAACAUGAGCAUGAUAAGAACCUAGAUUCCUCUGGGGAAAACGAGGUCUUGGAAACUCCAGAAGAGGUAGAGAAGGAAGAGGAUAACAUUGCUAAUGAUGAGGAUACCAGUAAUGGAGAAGUCACCGAAGAUGAGCACCAUAACUCUUCAGAUAUUGCUGAACCAAUGGAACCAGACUCUGAAGAGUCAGCUAGAGACUGUGACCAGUCCGAAGCACUUUGUGAGGAGUCCUUAGAUGCCCCUGAUGUAGAUAAUGAUGCUUCCAAGAACAUAGAUGAACAUAAGGAUGUUGUAGGUGACUGUGUUGAAACCAAAAACAAGGAGGAAACUUCUAACAACCUGGAACUGGUUAAGGACAAUAGUGAUUAUAAGACUGACAGUGAUGACAUUUUGAAUAGAGAUGAGGAACUAAUGGAUGAUACCUGUAAAGAUACCAUUGUAAUGCCACUGCCCACAGAUGAGUCAAUCCCAGGUUGUGAGAAUGCAGGGCAGGAGGAGGAGGAGCUGCCUGAGAUUUUAGAAAAGGCAGAUGGGUGUCUAGCACACGAUGGUGAUCACAGUGUGCAUGCAGAGCUUGAUUUGAACAUUGAUUUGGAGUUAGAAAUUGAUGAUUGUGCAAGCCCUGACAUGCUGCCCAUUGAGGCCAGUGAGGAAACAGCUCCUGGCUUAGAACUGCGUGAAGAGGAACCCAGUGCUGAAAAUGGUUUAGGAGAGUUGAUCUACCAAGCAGCACCUGAAGAAAAGGAAGCAGACCCAGAUAAGCAUAAUAAUAUAAACACAGGAAAUGCCAGUGAUGGCUGUCAGAUCACUAGGAGGAGAGGUGAGAAGACAUCAGAGGUAGCCUGUGAAGCAAGCAAAGACUUGGGGUGUCAAAUUGCUCCUUGUGAGAAUGAAUGUGGUGAGGAAAUACCCAUGGAACAUUUAGAUGAGAUUUUUCAAACAGAAGGGACCUCUCUGGAUGAAAAUUGUGUGAUCUCUGAUAUUCUGCCUAGUAGUCCAGGGAUGGAGCUAGAGUUGGAAGAUGUGACUCUUGAACAGCAUAGUGAAACUACUGUGGAAACAUCUAAGUCAGAUGAGCUGCAACUUGAAGACAACGAGGUGGAAGCAAACAGCCUCAGCAAAAGUGUCCCAAGUCCACCUCAACAGGUCCCACUUGAAGAAGAGUUAGAAGUCUGUAAGCAUGGCAAAAAGAAUGUAGACUGUGGCAUCAAACAUGUCUUGCAUGAAAAUCUAGCAGUCCCUGAGGUGGUCAUUGUGCCUGAAGAAUCAGAGGAAAGAGAAACUAGCAGUGAUUCCCUAGACGACCCUUAUGUGCUUCCCGCAGAAAAUGAAAUUGCUCAUGACGGGCAGACUGAUUUAGGAGCUGAUCACAGUAAAAGGGAUGAAUUAGGCAUGGAUGGUGAAAACAACUUGCUGCCCAUUGAUCGUAAAAGCAUUGUCACUAGAACACGGUCACUGUCUGGGAAAAUGCCAGGCUAUGUCCCAGAAACAGUUCCAGAAGAAACUGGACCUGAAACUGAUUUAUCAUCUUCCCACAAUGGCUCUGGGACAGAUGAUUUAAGCAAUAAUUUAUAUUCAGUGGAAGGAAAACCAAUGGAAGCCAACAGGGCAUUACCAACCAAGUCAAGACGUUUCAUUUUAUAUCCUCGAUCUUAUUCUGUUGAAGGGAGAGAGACAUCUGUCUCUGUUCACAGAGAAAGUGAUGGCUGUGUACUAGACGAUGGUAGAAUAAAAAGAACAGAAGACAACUUGUCUUUGCCUUGUGUUAAUGGUUCCUCAGGUAGUUUUUCCCAGAGAAAUCAUCUGUUGUCAUGUGGUGUAUCUACUCCGUCCUCAGUUGUUGAUAUACCACCUCCUUUUGAACUUGCCUACAUCACCAAAAAGCCAAUCACUAAAAGUUCCCCUUCACUUUUGAUAGAGAGUGACUCACCUGAUAAAUAUUCUAAGAAAAAGAAAUCUUCCUUUAAGAGGUUCCUCACUCUAAAAUUCAAGAAGAAAACGGAGAGUAAAGUCCAUGUAGAUGUUAAUGUUUCCUCUUCAAGAUCCUCAUCAGAGUCUAGCUAUCAUGGGCCUCCGCGGCUGAUGGAGCUGGACAGGAGGAGCCUGAGUAGCUCACCUCAACUAAAAUCACAUGUGGGGAAGCUCCGUGCAUCUGAGUCUCCCUCAGCUGUUCUUUUCGCUAUGAGCUCUGACUAUGAAAACAUACAAAUUCCUCCUCGAAGAUCCACCAGAGCAGGAACUUUUACUGAGUUUUUUGAAGAUCCCAGCAGGGCAUUGUCUGCUGCUAAUGAGAAUGAUGGCUAUGUGGAUAUGAGCAGCUUCACUGGCUUUGAGAACAAGCAGCAAACCACAGACCAGGAAACAGAAAGUGCCUACACCGAGCCCUACAAGGUGUGCCCAGUCUCUGUGACACCGAUGGAGGUUGUCACAUCAGAUGAGGAACAGAAGAGUUCAGAAGAUGAUGAGAGUAGCCCGGGUGAUCCCAGCCUCAUCAACAAGAAAGAAGGCCAGUCCAGAGCUUACCUUAUUGCCCAGGAGCUGAUGUCUUCAGAAAAAGUAUACGUGGAGAUGCUCCAGCUGUUACGUACGGAUUUCUAUGAAGGUAUCCUGAAAAUACUUGGAGAAGGAGAUGAAAAUGAACAGGAGGAAGUUAAACUCAAGCAGGGCUUAAGUGAACUCCCUGAAAUUUAUGAAUUACACCAAGAUAUCCUGGGAGAACUGGAAGAAAGAGUCCUUAAAUGGGAGGAACACCAGAAAGUUGCUGAUGUUUUUCUCUCCAGAAAAUCAAGGUUGAAUCACCACACAGCAUACAUUAUGCAGUUUGAUAGGAAUUUGGCUUUGCUAGAUGAAACCUGCCUUAAAUAUUCCCAACUGGCUACCAUAAUUCAGGAGUUUGAGCAGAGCUCUGGUGGCAGCCCUCAGAGUGUGAAACACCAGCUUUUGAAAGUGGUGCAGCGUGUCUUCCAGUAUCAUGUGCUGCUCACAGAUUACUUGAAUAAUCUUUGCCCGGAUUCUACAGAGUAUGAAGCCACACAAGCUGCCUUAUUCAUUGUUUCUGAAAUCACGGACCAAGCCAACGACAGCAUGCUCCAAGCGGAAAACUUGCAGAAGUUGGUACACAUUGAGCACAGUGUGAGAGGGCAGAGCGGUCUCCUCCAGCCAGGAAGGAUCUUUGUUAAAGAGGGAACGCUGAUGAAAGUCUCUGGCAAAACCAGGCACCCUCGGCAUUUGUUCUUGAUGAAUGAUGUUCUGCUGUACACAUAUCCCCAGAAGGAUGGCAAAUACCGACUGAAAAGCACCUUGGCUAUGUCAGGCAUGAAGGUCAGCCGCCCAGUGACAGAAAAAGCCCAAAAUGUCCUGAAGAUUGAAAAUGAUGAAUAUUGCCUGACCCUGUCAGCAAGCUCUUGGUCGGAAAGGGAUGACUGGUACAGCUGCAUCAGCAGACACAUCCCAGAUGACUGCAAAGAUCACAACACUUCCACUUUCCACAGCAGCGUGGAGCUAAGGGAAAGGCUUGGAAUACCCUUGGGUGAGAGGCCUCCCACUUUGGUACCUGUGUCCCAUGUCAUGAUGUGCAUGAACUGUGGCUGUGACUUUACCCUCACUUUGAGGCGACAUCAUUGCCAUGCCUGUGGGAAGAUUGUAUGUCGAAAUUGUUCAAGAAAAAAGUACCCUAUGAAGUACCUCAAAGAUCAGGCAGCCAAAGUCUGUGAUAGCUGCUAUGUGGAACUUAAGAAAAGAGAACGGCCACUAAGUGUGAGCUUCCCUCCAACUUCAUCCAGGUGUUCAAGCAGUGCCUUCUCCUCUGUCUUCCACAAUAUUCAUUAUUCGUCUUUUAAGAAACAGAAGAAGAUCCCUUCAGCUCUUAUGGAGGUGGCAGCCUCAGGAGAGGGAGCUACCAUCAGUGGUUACCUCAGCAGAUGUAAGAGAGGCAAAAGACAUUGGAAGAAACGCUGGUUUGUUAUCAAAGACAAAGUCCUCUACACCUACAUAGCAAACGAGGACAAAGUUGCCACUGAAAGUUUGCCUUUGUUGGGUUUCACCAUUGCCCCAGAGAAGGAUGAAGGAAGCAUGGACACAAUUUUCCAUCUCUACCACAAGCAGACUCUCUUUUAUAGCUUCCGAGCAGAAGAUAACAAUUCAGCACAGAGGUGGAUUGAAGCCAUGGAAGAAGCAUCCAUAUUAUAG